AUGGCAAAAUGUUUGAUAAAAGCACUGAAAGCUGUUGAUCUUCAAAAACAUGCUCUUCUUUUCAAAUCGCUUGGUUAUGAUAGUGCUGGUGCUCUUGCAAAUUUUCAAAGUAGUCAUUUUAAUCGUUUGAAUUUAAAUGAAGAUGAAUUAUCACGUUUUAUUGCAUUGUUGGACGUUUUGAAAGAUGCUAUGCGAGAGGGGAAGAUCUGUCCGCAUUACUUUCACUCAAAAUUAAGAAAUAGUGUAAAUAAAGCAAAUGGUAAUAGAGAACAUGUCAUAAAAGCAGCAUGGACUAUUCCCAUAGAUGAGCCAACGUUCUACAAACAACCAGCUCGUGUAACAUCAUCUUCGUCUACAACCCUCGGUAAUAACUACGAAAACAAUAAGUCACCCAAGCCUGAAAAUAGUCGCUUGCAAACCGUUAAUCGUCCAUUGAUGAAGCCACAGUCAACGUUUACCACGUCUAUGAGUGCUCGAUCGAAAAAAGUAAACCAGAAUAAAAUUCCAACUCAGGUGAGAACAUCAUCUCAAAAUUCUUCGAGUCAGAUACACACAAAUCUUUCGAAUGACAACAUAAAAGUUAGACAAAAGCGUUCAUCUAGCUCACUAACAUCAUCAUCAAAUAAUCAUAAUCGUCGUAGUAUGAGCGCACUCGAUGUUCUGCGUUUAAAAAAUCAACAAUAUGAAAAAUCAUCUAAUGAUGACAUUCUUCAUCAGCCGUUUACUAGUCCCAAAAAACUAGCGCAAUCAAAAAAUAACUCAGCACAAACGUUUUUUGGACCAAAAAUGUUUUCUAAUCGACCAGCGGUCGAACAUAUUAAAGUAAACGGGUAUAAUUACGGAAUACCAACAGCGAAGAGAGCACGAACAGCAUCUUAUCGAACGUUUACACGACGAGGUUUUAGUUCAGGCACAAUAUUUUCGCCAAGUCGAGGUGGUUCGAAUAUAAGCACUUCAUACGCAAAACCAGCUGAAAUUUAUGUUUAUGCUCGUAAACGACCAUUAUUAUCAACAGAAACAAAUUUUAACGAUGCAAUUAUCACACCUGAUCCAAAACGAAUGAUUAUCACGGAACAAAAGGCGAAUUUAGAUUGUACAUCUCUGCUAAAAAAAACCGAAUUUCAAUUCGAUCUAGUUUUUGGUGCUGAGUCAUCUAAUAAACAAAUAUUUGAUCAUACUUUACUACCAUUUAUUGAAAAUCCAAAUAAUCGCCAGAACAUGACCUACAUCUGUUUUGGACAAACUGGAUCAGAUAUUUAUUGCUCAUUUUAUGAAAUAUAUAAUAAUCAAGUUUAUGAUUUGUGUAAUGCUGGAAAACGGUUAUUUGUUCGAGAAGACGGCGAAAAACAUGUGAAUGUGAUCAACCUAAAAGAGAUACUAUUAGAGCAUCUAAAACAACUUCGAGGUGUUAUCGAAAAUGGUCUUAGUCGACGUCACCAUGGAAGAUCAGCAUUUAAUUCCAAUUCGUCUCGAUCACACGCUGUUUUUCAAUUAAUGUUAAAAAGAAAACAAGAUAAUAAAAUUAAUUUUCGGUUAGUGUUUAUUGAUUUAGCUGGUAGUGAACGAGCCCAUGAUGCUCAAAAUAAUCAACGUCAAACACGAAGAGAAGGAGCACAGAUUAAUUGGAGUCUAUUAGCUUUGAAAGAGUGUAUACGUAGUAUAGAUCUCGUUCAUUCUCACGCUCCUUUUCGUCAAAGUAAGUUAACUCACAUCUUACGUGAAUCACUAGUUGGUUCGAAUACACGAACAUGUUUGAUGGCCAAUGUUUCACCGGCUGAUGAUUGUUGUCAAUGUUCAUUGAAUACACUACAAUAUGCUGCUCGCAUACGUGAAAUAAGUAUUAAACAUCGACAACGUUUACGUUUAAAUCAAAAUUAUCAACAACAACAGUCAAUUUAUCAUCCACCGUUACAAACUGUCCACCAUGAAGAAAAAAUCCAACACGUCGACGAUAAGAAAUUUAAGCCGGCAACAGCCUCGACUCCUGUUCAUCGGUUGAAUAAUGAAUCUCACUCUUCAGUUAAUAAUCCUGUGACACUCAUAGGUAAAGGAUAUGGUGAUACUAAAACGAACAAUCAUAAAUCAAUUGAUAUUGAUUGGGAAACGGUACAGGAGGAUAGUCCUAUUACAGGAUAUCAUCCAAGAACAAAUAAACAACAACAUCCCAAACAGUCGAAUAAAAAAUCAAUAAAUUAUGAUCAACAAUUAGUGAAUAAUAAUGGAUAUUAUCUUGAUAGAAAUUCUAAAUCAAGUUAUUUCUCUUCAUCAACAGUAAGUCAACAACAACAACAACAACAACAAAAGAGAAGUUUUGACGUUAAUUUGAAGUGCGAUGGAGGAAAUGACAGACUUAAUCAAGCAUCUAAAAAAUCACCAGGUAAAGAUUAUCAAUCUCAAACAAUGUCACACGAAGCUGAUACAUUUAAUCAGUCAUCCGAAAUUCUAAAGCAUAAAAAUGAGUUUUGUGCACCAUCUUUAUACCAGAACAGUUCCAUGACAAAGGUCGCACAAGCUACAACAGGAAGUGGCUAUGAAUCAGAAUCAAGUUCAACAAUAACCGAACAACGACCGCAUGAUUAUUCGACCAUUUACAAUAAGAAUAUCCAAAAUAGAGCGAUUAAUCCUCCUUAUCCAGCAAAAAAUCUAAACACACAUUCUACAGAUGAUAUGACUGAUACUAAUCCUUAUUAUAGUAGUACCGGUACAGAGAGCCUUGGAACUAAGAUAUCUCGACUUGCCAAAGAUCCUGUGAAUAAUGGAAUCAAGAAAUAUGCUCAUAGCCGACCAGUAGAAAAUUUAUAUUUAAAUAACGGCAACUAUGACACCACGGAUACUGAGCAAGGCGUAAUGUAUUCUGAUAGACCAUCGCAAGCUACGAAUAAUGAUCAAACAGGACUUUUUACGCAACGCGACGAUCCAUCAUAUGAAUUAGCAAAUUUAAAGUUCAACAGUGCUUAUUCACCGAACGCAAGACUUACGUCGAGAUCUGAAACUAAAUACGAUGGCAUCAGAACUGGAGUGGAUAAUAAAGGUACAUCUGAUCCAUUUUUAUUACCAUUUUCUGCACUAGAAACUAUUGCACAUCACACAAAUACACACUCAUCAUCAAAAUCAUCACCACGUUCGUAUAACUCUAAAGCCUAUUGGCUCGAUGAUAACGGAAUGAAAUUAAUAUUAAAUACCACACCCACUAGAACCAAUACUUCUUCUUAUUAUACUGAGAUGAGUCAAUAUAUUCCAACAAGUAACAGCCUUAGUUAUAAUCAGUCUAGAAAACAAAAAUUAUCAAAUAGCGCUCGUAAAAGAAAUCGUAAUUGGAAACAAAUUGACAACUCGGAAUCCGAUGAGUCUGAUGUCAAUGAAUUCAAAGAAAACAGAACAAAAUCAUCUCCGCUCAAUUCAAAAAUUUUAAAUAAAAACCACCCUGUCAGAUAUAAUUCUCUUGAUCAAGCAGCGGAUAUGAAAAAAAAUAUAGUAGACUGGAAAACAGAGGAAAAUAAUAAUACACAACAAAGUCGAACAACAAAAACCGAGCCGAGUCAAAAACACCCGUACAAUAAUUCUUCUCUUCCAACAUCACCGAGCAUUCGUCAACAAGUGCAAGCCAUUAUAGAAAAGAAUGAAGAUAUACGUGAUAGAGUCAACCAAAUAUAUUCGAGACAAGAAGACGAAGAUGUUCCUUCAUCGAUGCUGAGACAAACAGCUGAACAUCAAUACAGAAAUCAGUUUGAUCCAAGUUAUACGUCUAUAAAUUUGACUAACGUAACUCAAAAUCAAUCAGAUUAUGACACAACGACAUCAACAACAGCAAGAACAAAUUUUAGUAUACGCGUGAGUGAACAAUUGAAUACAUUACGAACAUUACUUGAAACACGUUUAAAAGAAGAUGAAGAAGAAGAAGAAGAAGACACAAACAAUUAUUUUUCACCAGCCACAAAGAACACAUCAGAACCAUCAUCGGGUAGAACAUUUCUUCAUACUUAUCAUGAACAACAAUCAUACACAGAUGACAAACCGUCUCAUACACAAUCGCCAUCGAAAUCAAUAUUUUCACAAGACUCUGAUGAUUUUUUAACGGAAAAAAAAUUUAUGUCUAAAUUACAAUUUAAUAACAAUGCUAUUUCAACAUCGGAUAAUGAAGUAGACGAUGAAGUUAAAAAUUAUACGCAGAAGUUAACAUUGAAAGAACAGUUACAGCCAACAUCACCAUCUAAUCACAGUUAUUCAAAAUAUUCCAGAGAAGUAUUAACUGAUGAUCAAACUCCUUCCUCAUCAUUUUCACAAAAAUACAAUGAAAUAGACCCAAAAUAUUUUCCGCAGCCCAAUUAUCAUAGUUUAUCAUCUUUAACAAAUUCAUUGAAUCCUAUAUCACAAACAUCAACAAUAUCAUCAGGCACAAUCACAUCUAAUUUAGCAGCCAAAAUUGAAUCAAAUGAGGAUGUACCUGUAAUGAAUAAUUUCAAUAAUGAACAACAAAGUACACAAACAAGUGAUUCUGAACGAACAAGUCAAAUAAAUACUCCUCCUAAAAAUCCAUUUACAAAUGAAUCGGAUUUAUCAUCCGAACAAUUUUUAACACAUUUAACUAAAGAAUUUAACAAUAUUGAUGUCUAUGAUGAUUAUAAAAUGAACACUUAUCCUCUACAACGAGAAUAUUCAAUUCAAAAUGCGAAUGAUGUUUUGUUGAGUGAUAAAUACAAUAAUAAUACAGGUGAGAAAACGUUCAAUAAUUCGACUAGUCCACUAUUUGAUAGUGGAAAAGGAAGUUCGUUGUUCAAUACAAAUACUUAUUCAUUACACGCAUUGAUGAGCGGUAUUCAAAAUAGUGCAAAUUUAUCUUUUAUAGCAACGAAUAAUCAUUAA